AUGGAUUCUGAUGAUCGACUUGAUACUUUUCGUCAAUCCAAUACCAUGUCAUCAAUGGAACAAACUUUGACAGCACCAUUGAAUAAUACAAUUGACUUUCUUGGACCUGGAAAUGACCUUGGCCAAACAACCGUCAACUACGAACAAAUAUUAGAUGAAUCUUCUCGAGAACUACUUAAAUAUGGUUUUAAAAAAGUGGCGAAAAAAAAUGAUUAUAUUCGUAUAGAAGAAAUCGGUGACGCAUUUCGUCAUUCAGGUCAAAACCCCACGGAAGAUAUUAUUAAAGAUAUGAUUGAAAAAGCAAAAACACUUAAAACAUCAAUUCCUCGUGACGAAGACGACGAUGGACCACCGGAUGAUCAUUUAUCAUUUGCUGAUUUUUUGACAGUUGUUCAUGAAAAUUGGAUAGCAUCUGAAGAUGAUAAACAACAAUUACAAGACGCAUUUGAUAUACUUGAUCCACAAAACAAAUCAAAAUUGAUGGUUGAUGAAUUUGUAUAUUUACUUAAAAAUUGUGAUUGGUCUGAGGAGGAAAUUCAAUUACUUUUAUCACAAGUUAGCUGUGCUGAUGGUUAUUUUCUUCAUGAUGAUUUACAAAAAUUACUUUUGACACCAGUUGAAUUACCAAAGAAAAAAUCAGGAAAAACAAAAAAGAAAAAAUAA